GGCAAAGUAUUGGGAUUUGUGGUUAGUCAGAGAGGAAUAGAGGUUGAUCCCGAUAAGAUUCGAGCCAUUGCAGAAAUGCCUCCCCCGAGUACAGAAAAAGAAGUUCGCGGUUUUCUUGGGAGACUAAAUUAUAUUUCAAGAUUUAUAUCACAACUAACUGCUACUUGUGAACCGAUAUUUAAACUUUUACGGAAAAAUCAAACAGUUGUGUGGAACGAAGAAUGUCAAAAUGCAUUUGAAAAAAUCCGACAGUAUUUGCAAAAUCCUCCAAUUCUAGCCCCACCAGUUCUAGGCCGACCCUUGAUUAUGUAUCUUACAGUCCUCGACGGGGCCAUGGGAUGCGUACUGGGGCAACAUGAUGAAACAGGAAAAAAGGAGCAUCAUGCCAUUUAUUAUCUAAGUAAAAAAUUUACAGAUGUUGAAAUAAGAUAUACAAUGUUAGAGCGUACUUGUUGUGCCUUAGCAUGGGCGGCUCAUCGCUUAAGGCAAUACAUGCUUUGCCAUACAACUUAUUUGAUAUCCAAAAUGGAUCCAAUCAAGUACAUUUUUGAAAAGCCCGCUCUCACAGGGCGAAUUGCUCGAUGGCAGGUGAUGUUAUCAGAAUAUGAUAUUACCUAUGUUACUCAGAAAGCCAUCAAAGGGAGUGCCUUAGCAUAUUAUCUAGCUAAUCAACCAGUUGAUGAUUAUAAAUCAAUGCAAUGUGAAUUCCCAGACGAAAGUAUCAUGGUUUUGUCUGAAGAAUAUGAUGAUGGAAAAUGGACCUUGUUGUUCGACGGGGCCUCAAACAUAAUGGGGCAUGGGAUUGGGGUUGUUUUAAUAUCUCCAAAAAAGAAGUUCAUACCUAUCACGGCGCGAUUGUGUUUUGAUUGUACCAAUAAUAUGGCAGAAUAUGAAGCUUGCGCCAUGGGAGUUUUGGCGGCUUUGGAAUCAAAAGCAAAAGUUCUAGAAGUAUAUGGAGAUUCAGCCCUAGUCAUUAAUCAGCUUAACCAAGAAUGGGAAACUCGAGAUAAGAAGUUAAUACCUUAUUUUACCUACAUAAAAGAAUUGUCUUUAGAAUUUGACAAAAUCACGUUUCACCAUGUCCCUCGAGAAGACAAUCAAUUGGCUGAUGCUUUGGCUACUUUAUCAUCUAUGUUCCAAAUAAAUCGAAACGAUGAAAUCCCAUCAAUUAAAAUGGAGAGUCGAGAUUAUCCAGCCUACUGCCAUGUCAUGGAAGAAGAAACUGACGGAAAACCGUGGUAUCACGACAUCAAACAUUAUCUUAUAAAUAGAGAAUAUCCUCCCGGAAUAUCGGAGAAUGAGAAAAGAACUUUGAGACGGUUAUCCGCGAGCUUUUUUGUGAACGAAAAUAUUUUGUAUAAGAGGAAUCACGAUAUGGUACUCCUCAGAUGUGUUGAUGUUAAUGAGGCGAAAGAAAUUCUACAAGAUAUCCACGAUGGCUCUUAUGGGAUCCAUAUGAAUGGACACGCCAUGUCUAGAAAGAUUCUUUGGGCUGGAUAUUAUUGUGCCCCUGAACACCCUUUCAGCGCCCUGGUCGUUCUCAAUGUGGGGCAUAAACGUCAUCGGAAUGAUCGAACUGAAAGCAUCAAAUGGACAUUGCUUCAUCUUGGUGGCAAUUGA